AAGUAUCGAAACAUGGCAGAAGCACCGACAGGCGAUGGAGUUAAUAUCGAAACAUCCGAAACAGAAAAUAAAUGUAAGUCUGUCUAUCCGUCGGAGUUAGUCAGCACUACUGUUUUAGAUGUUACAGAGGAACCUCGAGGACUAGAAGAAAUUGAGAAUGAUGAAGAAGAAGAGGAAGAAGAAGAAGGUAGUUUGGAUGAAAAGUCGGGAAUUGUUAGUUCCAAUGAAGAUUUGACUGAAAGUCAUGUCACUACACCUGAAAAAACAGAAAAGCUCGUAUAUGAUUCUAAAAAACGUUCGUCUAUUCGUAAUAAAGAUGAAGCAGAAUUAGAUAGGAAGGUUCCUAAAGUAAACUGUCCUGAAAAAAUUGUAAUAUGUAUUGAUUUAUCAUCAGAUAUGGAAUCUUUGCCUUUUAAGCUUGGAGAUGGGUCAAGAUAUUCACCUUUAUAUAUGAUAAAAAGAGUGGUUGAGAUUUUUGUUUAUAGCAAGCAUAGAAUUGAUAGAAGACAUCAGUUUGCUUUGGUUGUACUUCACGAAUCAGCUUUAUGGCUUCGAAACUUUACCAAUGAUCCCAAAGAAAUUUGUAAUGUUUUAGAAGAUGUGACAGAAACUAAACAGUGUGACACAUGUGAUUUUUCUUCAUUAUUUGAAGCAAUUACAGAAAAGGUUGACCUUCCUAUUGUUUCCUUGCCUGAAAUUCUUCCUCCCCCAUUUGUGUUACGAACAAUAUUGAUUUAUUGUCAAUCAAAUGUUGUUCCAGAAUUUUUAAAUGGACAGGAGGAAUUCAGAAAACUUCAACAGUCAUCAUAUUUCUUUUUAGAUGUGUUAUAUAUACAUGGUCCUCCUUCCAAUAACAAUAAGUGUCAGGAAAUAUAUGAAUUCCUGUGUGACUUAGAUGAGAAAUAUACUUCUUAUAUAUUUGAAGUAACUCGCAAUACUACCAAACUACAUAAUUGUAUGGCAAAAUUGCUUGCUCAUCCUUUGCGAUAA